AUGAAGUCGCCCAUCCCUGACUACCUCAACCAGGUGCUCAAAAAUGCGCGCGACAACGAGGACGGCGCACCAGCGGCCUACAUCGAGACGCUCGCCAAGGCCGAUACGUCGAGGCUCGCCGUAGCACUCGCCAUGGUCGACGGCAACAUUUACUCGGCUGGCGAUGACGAGGUCGAGUUCUCGAUUCAAUCCAUCUCCAAGGCGUUCGUCUACGCCAUUGCCAUCGAGGACGCCGGCCUGGAGCGCGUCCUCGAGAAGAUUGGCGUCGAGCCCUCAGGCGACGCCUUCAACCGGCUCUCACUGCACAAGGGCACGAACCGGCCGAUGAACCCCAUGAUCAAUGCCGGCGCCAUCACCGCCCACUCGCUCGUGGUGCGGCCCGACGCGACGGCCGAGGAGCGCACCGAGCGCAUCCUCAAGACGCUCUCGCGGCUCGCGGGCCGCGAGCUGCACGUCGACGAGGAAGUGUACGAGGCCGAGCUCCGCGACGCCGACCGCAACAUGGGCAUCGGCUACAUGCUCAAGGCGGCGGGCAUCAUCACGUGCGACCCGCGCGAGGCGGUCAAGGGCUACAUCCGGCAGUGCGCCAUCAACGUCAACGUGCGCGACCUCGCCAUGAUGGCGGCGACGCUCUGCAACGCCGGCCUGCACCCCGUUUCCGGCGAGCGCAUCAUCCACCAGGCCAGCGUGCGGCAGGUCCUCUCCGUCAUGACGACGUGCGGCAUGUACGACGCCGCCGGCGACUGGGUGUCCAACGUCGGCAUCCCCGCCAAGAGCGGCGUCGCCGGCGGCAUCAUCGGCGCGCUGCCGGGCCAGGUCGGCAUCGCCGCCUUCUCGCCCAAGCUCGACGCCCGCGGCAACAGCGUGCGCGGCGUCGCCAUCUGCGAGCAGCUCUCGCGCGACAUGGGCCUGCACAUGAUGGACGUCAGCCAGAUCGCCAUGUCCACCGUCCAGACCUCCGUCGCCACCAUUGUCGCCGGCGUCCACGAGCCCCACAACAGAAACUGCCAGCGCGAGGUCAUCGUCUUCAAGCUGCGCGGCGCCGUGCGCUUCCCCGGCUCCGAGCGCCUCACGCGCGCCGUCGCCCGCGAGCUCGGCCGCCCGAACCCCGACGAUCCCGGCUCCGGCCUGCACGGCGAUGCCUGCGCCGUCAUCUUCUCGUUCCGCGAGGUCUACUCGCUCAACCACGUGGCGCGGCGCAUCAUCCACGAGGACAUCAGCCGCCUGAUCCUCGAGGAGAAGAUCGUCGUCGUCAUCGACCCCUCGGGCGUGCUGCAGUGGAACCACGAAGAAGCCGAGAACGAUCGGCAUCCAAAGGUCGUCAAGAACGAGACCGAGGCCCGGGACUUCAUCGGAGGCACAGGCUGCAAGGCAGUCUCUACUGAUGAUGGCUGGUGA